AUGUACUCAAAAAUAAAAAUAAGGUAUAAAAUUAAUAAUUUGAUUAUAUUAGCCCACGCCGAUUGUUUUUUGGAAAAUCAAUUUCAUAAACGCCGUAAAGUCAUAGUCAUACAAGAUUCAAGAUAUUAAAAUUAGAGGAGGAUUUAAAUUCAAAAAUAUCAAAUAUAAGAAAUCUUCAAUCUAGUUAAUUUGAUGAAGAUUUUAACAUAUGCUUAAAUUUAUACUCCUCUAGAUUUAUCAAAGGCUAUAAGUUUUUACUAGAAUUCAGAUUAAAAAUUCUAAUGGAGAAAUUUAAGAAGUCAGAAAAAGCAAAUGUAUCUUAGACAGCUCUUUUCUUAAGUGCAAGUAGUACAACUCGAUCCCCAACUAUAAAAAAAAUAAACGAUGCUGCUAAAUCACCGAAUUCUAUUCCAAAAAAAAGGAAUAAGAAAAAAUUUUGA